AUGGCAAGCCGAAGCAAGACCCCAAUCAAAGACGCCUGUGACAAGCUCACCGAGGCAUACAAAUCCCUCAAAUUGGAAACGGGGAAGCGAAAAGACGACUCUCUAUGCGCCAUCUGGAAAAACCGAGUCGACCUUGGUAUCUGUUUCCUCGAGGACUUUCGCGAAGACUUUGGCGUCUAUCAGAAGGGAACAGGCUCCCUCGAUGCACGAACUGCUAAUGAGAUCCCAGAGAUUCUUGAAAUCAUGCUUGAGAGGCUAGAGAAGAUACACAAGAGUGUCCAGGGCUCCCACACCUUCAUAUCCGAAUACUGCAAACAGCGCGAAGACCUCGACAUCCGCGCCCUCGAAAAGGUAACCCUAAUCUCACGCCAGUUCCGCGCAACCCAGAGUCUGUACGUCGGGAUCUGUCCGAUCGAGUACACCGUGAACAAGGGCCUGCUGGGGCGCCGGUACACGGCCUUUCUUGACCAGCUCGACGAGGACUUUCUCGCGUCGCUGGAUAUGAUGCCGGAAACUCCGCCGGUCGGUGGGCGGUUUCGAUCGUUUUGGCCGUUUGGUAGGGAUUCUGGUUCACUCUAG